GCAACGUUGGCUUACUUCAUAUACGAGUUCGUGGAAUUUGACCACGUGUCAAUUGCUAAAAGGAAUCCAGCCUAAUAAAACGUUGUACUACAAAAACCCCAUUAAAAAUGAAAAACUGAAGAAAACUGUUGAAUAUUCCGCAGAAGAAUAGGGCAGGAGCAGGAGGAAGGAGGAAGGAGGAGAAUAGGCUCUGAUUAACUGAAAAGAUUAAAAAUGCAACUGAUAAAUGCAGCAGAGAUCGUGAGGAUGGUGACUCGGCAUGAUAGUGGCAAUAUGUUGGGGGCAGAAAUAGAAUUUGGAACGGCAUGGUGGUUUAUAUAUGCAGGGAUCUCAUGCUUUCUGGUAUUAUUCGCGGGAAUCAUGUCUGGAUUGACUUUGGGGUUGAUGUCUUUGAGCCUUGUUGAUCUUGAGAUUCUUGAGAGAAGUGGGACCCUUACAGAGAAAAAACAAGCUGCUACCAUACUUCCAGUGGUUAAGAAGCAGCACCAGCUUCUUGUGACUUUGCUCCUAUGUAAUGCUGCUUCCAUGGAGGCCCUUCCAAUAUACCUGGACAAGCUUUUCAAUCAAUUUGUUGCAAUUAUAUUGUCUGUGACUUUUGUUCUAGCAUUUGGAGAGGUCAUUCCUCAAGCAAUAUGCACUAGAUAUGGACUUGCAGUUGGCGCAAAUUUUAUUUGGCUCGUGCGCAUUCUUAUGAUCAUUUGCUAUCCUAUUGCUUACCCUAUUGGAAAGAUUCUAGACUGUUUGUUGGGACACAAUGAAGCACUGUUUAGACGAGCUCAACUGAAAGCCCUUGUCACUAUCCAUAGUCAGGAGGCUGGUAAAGGAGGUGAGCUUACGCAUGAUGAGACAACGAUUAUCAGCGGAGCACUAGAUUUGACGGAGAAGACUGCUGAGGAGGCCAUGACACCUAUUGAGUCAACAUUUUCACUGGACGUCAACUCCAAAUUGGACUGGGAGGCCAUGGGAAAAAUUCUUGCUCGCGGUCAUAGCCGAGUUCCUGUAUACUCUGGGAAUCCAAAAAAUGUUAUUGGACUUCUACUGGUAAAGAGUCUUCUUACUGUUCGGCCUGAAACAGAGACUCCAGUUAGUGCUGUAUCUAUCCGAAGAAUUCCACGGGUACCCUCAGAUAUGCCUCUAUAUGACAUACUAAAUGAGUUCCAAAAGGGCAGCAGUCAUAUGGCUGCUGUGGUGAAGGCUAAAGGGAAAAGCAGACAUGUUCCACCAACAGUAGAUGAAGGAAAAUCUGAAGGUAAUGCUGUGAGUAGCGGAAAUUCUCACCUAACUACCCCUCUGCUAUCAAAGCAGGAUGAGAAGUCAGAAAGCGUUAUUGUUAACAUUGAAAAGCCUUCAAGGCCGGCCUCAAAUCACACACUUACAUACAGCGAGGCAGUGACACAUGGCUUGCCUUCUACAGUAGAUGAUGUUGAAGAGGGCGAAGUAAUUGGUAUCAUCACUCUCGAAGAUGUAUUUGAAGAGCUCUUGCAGGAGGAAAUUGUAGAUGAGACAGAUGAAUUUGUUGAUGUACACAAAAGAAUACGUGUUGCUGCUGCUGCGGCUGCUUCAUCAGUGGCACGUGCACCAUCAAUUCGGAGGUUAACAGCCCAAAAAGGAUCUGCAGGCCAACUUAAGCAAGGUAGUACGCCAAGAAAGUCUGGUGAGGUUGAUUCUUCAUCAACGAAAUUGCAGGGUAAUAUUGGAGAGCCUCUUCUUGGCGAUAAGAGAUGAUACAGACAGAGCUCGUAAUUUGGUGGCUUCCUGAGAAUAUACAGUGGCACCCAGAGAUUACAAAACGUAGUAGGUGACUGAGAGGUGGAUUAAUAUUUGUCCAUCAUUAUGUAGUCCUGAAACUGCAUAUAAUUUUUUUAUGUACGUUUUGACGAAAAUUUUGCCAUAUGUUUAGAUAAAUAUGAUACUGGAGCUUUUAAGGUCUAUGUGAUUUGCGGAUUCUUGCAUAGCUA